AUGAACAAAUAUAGUUUAAUAUUUUUAGAUAAAGGAUCUGAAAAAGAAUAUUAAGAAUAGAAAAUUAAUUAAUUGAGAAAACCAGUCUAUAUCUUUAGUGCUAUAGGGUUGUUUUUUAUAAGCACGACAAAAAUGAUUACAGAAAUCUUGGAUAAUUAGUUGAAUAAUUUAAGCAUAAUAAUUGUAACAUAAAUUUAUCUCAUCUUAUCAAUUUUCAUAAUAAAGUGGAAACCUUCAUUAGUAUAGUCUUGUUUAGUGAUUUUAAACUAUUUACUUCUAGCAUAUUAAUAUAUGUUAACAAGUACUAUAUCAUAAGAAGCCCAUCAAUUAUUUGCUAAUAAUUUUGUUGCUUGUAACUUUGUGAUAAUCUUGGCAGUAGAUGUAUUUUAAGGAAUAUUCCUAGUAAUUACUACAAUGUUAAUAAAAUUGGGUAUUGCAAUAUUUGAAGCUAAAACUCCAUAAUAUAAUGUUUAUUUUGCUACAAUUUUACUUAUUUGCUUUUUAAUUUUUUAUAUUCGUAAGUUGAAUUAUGAAAGUCGUAGCUUCUUUUUAUUGAGUUUAAAGGAUAAUUUGAUGGAAUAAAUCUUACCAAUUAUAGUAAAUAAGUCUUAUAUCUUAUUUCAAUUUGAAAGUAGUCAUUUAAAAUUUUCAUUAAUUUCAUCACGAUAAUAAGAAUUUUGUUGUGAGAAUUCAGAGAAUUUGAAAAUAUUUUUAAGAGAAUGGAAUUAUAAAUAGUAAAGUCUUGAAUAAUUUUGUUUUUCAGAGAUUAAACGAAAACAAUCUCAAGAAAUCAAAUCUUAUAACAAAUAAAUUGAGAUCCAAAAAGGUACAAAAUAAAAAAAAAUGAUAACAAUCUGUUUCUUUAGUUAUUAAUAACCAACAUUUUUAAUAAAAUUUGAGAAUAACCAUCAAGCAUAAGAGAAAUUAAAAUGUUAUUUAUUUAAGAUAUUUGAAAAAGAGAGACUCAUUUAAUUCAAAAUUUUUAAAUGUAUAGUAAAUAAUUUAUCAAUUUCAUUAAGAUCUUCUAACUUUAAUCAAUUACAUUUAUUAAGGAUAUAUAGUUUUAAAUAAAUUUUGAAUUACAAAAUCUUAAAUAAUUAGUUCAAAUAAUAAGAAUUUAUAAUUGAUCCUAUUUUAUCAAAAUUAAAAGAAUUAUUUUAAUUUAAAAAGAUAAAUUAUAAAAUAAUAACAUAAUCAGAGGGCAAGGUUUCAAUGAUUAGAACCUAUUUUAUAAGACUAAUAUAUGCUGUAUUUAGUGAGAGCUUCAAAGAUUCUACAGUAAUAAUUAAUCUGGAACAUUUUUCAGAACCAUAUAUAAGAUAUUAUGGAAAAGAGAUUAAUGAAUUUACAGAUACAGCUAUUUUAACAGUUAUUAAAACUUUAGUUAAAAAAUAACAAAAGUUAAAAAUUGGUAAUAAAACAACUAUUGUAUUAAUGCUAAAUGAAGAACCAAGUUACCCAUUCUAGUUUUCAUUAUACAAUUGA